AAAGUAUAUAACGACGCUUCCCUGGUGAUUCGUGCUUGGCUUUGUCUUUCCCAGUACAACUCGAGCAUGCUCCUCUGUUCGAAUCGAACACCAGUUACGGGUAGUCCGUCAACAUGUACACUCGAUGUCGUGGUCAUUCCUCUAGCAUCAUGGAUAUUGAUGGCGUCUCUUCCCCUGACAGUUAUUGUUUGCUCGAAACGAAGACAGGCUCUUCCCUUAUCCCGCACUCGUCUUCAGAAAAAGAUAUGGAUAUUAUACUUGGUUCUGAUCGUGGCGGAUAUCGCCAUGACUGUACUCGAGAUAGCUCGGCUAGCUGUUGCUCAGCUGGGGGUCGGCUUAUUGCCGUUUAACACUGUUGGCCUGAUAAUCGCGGUGGUGCUCGUCGGUAUCAGGGGAAGCACAUUUAUGCCGCUAUUCUUCUUCUGGCUUCUGCUGGUUAUCUUCCAAGCCAUCAAAGUUCAUCAACUGAUGUAUCUCCCGUCCAAAACACCCGACCAAUAUCCUGGCUCAGACCAGUUACUCGACAACGCCAUCAUGCUCGGUUUGGAAUCAUCAUUCGUUCUGCUCGACACAUACGACAGUAUCGUGCAUUGGAAACACCGCCUACGAACACACGAUGCUUUGGUUAUGCAUCCUGCUCUAUCCGAAGGAAAUCUUCCCCUUCAGCCUACAAGUGAAGUCACGGAUACUACAACGACAAAGUGAUUCGCUGAAUAGAGGAGGGUCAUGCCAGUCAAGCGGCCUCGUGCUAGCACGAGGCUCAGCGCUGAGCCUCUACUGUGUCAAUACUUUCUACACUACCUGCAUUAUUAGGGAGCAAUCUUUCCAGCUUUUCUCCCUGCACCUCCCGCAAGCAAUUUGAUGGGAUCGGUGAUCGAGAGAUUCGCUGACAAGAGUUGUCAUUCAUAUCUCGAACUUAUCUUUAU